AUGAGUAGCGGCUAUUCCUGUUCUAUUAUAACAGGAUUCAGACGACACUUACCUAUACAAAAUGUCACAUUGCCGCUUAAAUAUCCAAGAGUUCUCGAAAAUAAAUCAGCUGCCGAUGCGUUCUCUGAAAGUUUGACUGCGUCUGGUUCUCUCAUUAAAUUGAAAGAUAAGUUUGACAGUUAUAUUCAAUUUGUCUCAUAUGAGAUCCUAAGUGAUAUGAAGACAAUAAUAUUGACUCCCAUAAAUUUGCAGACAAAUGAACUAGGACUUGUCUUUAGGAGCUUACAGAUUUCAUUACCUCAUGAAAUAAUCGCAAAGGAUUGCUUCAGCAUUAUAUAUAGUGCUCCUGUUCAUGAAUCAAAUGAUGAUGAUCCAUUCUUUAUUGUUGAUUUGAUAGACGAAAACUUCUUGUUUAUUUCGUUAAAAAUUCAAUUGUCCGAUUUUAUUGUUUCUCAAGAGCAUAAUAGACUUUCCGUUGAUAAUUUCAAGUCUUGGGGAAAUAUAUCGGUGCCUUAUUCAUUCGAAUUGAGAUCUUCUCCUUUUUUAUCAAAAGCAAUUGAUCCCUACAAUAUUAUUGUUUCGUUAAAGGAUGGUGGAUUGCUCCAUUUUCAAAGGACCGACCUAUUAAAGGAUUUUGAUGUAUAUAAUUUCACUGAUGCCUCGUCAUUAUUCAAUUUAAAUAUCUUUGGUGGAAUCCUCAAGAAAGGAGAAACAAAUCUGGAGUCUUUGAUAGGUGGCAUUUCUUCGGAUGCCGUUAUUGACUUAAUUGCAUUAGAUUCUAGUUUUAUUGUUACCUACUCUGUUUCAAAGAUAUUACGAUUUUGGAACAUCAAAACUCAUGAACAAAUAUGCAAGUCAAUUGACUUGAGCAAGCUUAAUUCAAGUCAAGCCAUACCUACAACUGUUCCAACCAAGUAUCUAAAUGUGUUUCAAAAUAGAAACACGGGAAAGAAAUAUUUAGCUUUGCCAAUAGCUGGGUCAGUCAUGAAUGAAAAGAAUAAUUCAAGAAGCGGUUUCACUUUCAAAAUCUGGGAAAUAAACUUUCACUCGCAUCAUUUUGAAGCCGUGGAAAUUCAGAGCUUGAAUUUUCUGCCUAUUCGCCCUAAGUUGCCAACAUAUAACGAACAAGAAGAUCAAAAUCAACAUUCUAUAUGGCUCAUUCAGGACUAUCUAGUGAAGUUUGAAGAAGAUAGAAUUAAAUUUCAUAUAUUAUGGAAGUCCAACAUCUCAUCAGUUGUUUCUACAUAUGAUGUUGUCUUUCCUAGCGGUAGUAUAACUUCAGUGAUGUGGUCUGAGUUGAACCUGAGUGGUAGUCUCGCUGAAAUAGCUCCUUACCAUGAAAUAGAAUACUACCGUGACAUGAUCUUGAGUUCUGGAAGAUACGAUGAUAUGGUCGUUAUUACCUCAUUAAACAUUUUUAGAGAGCAUGCAACCUUGAGCCCCUCAGUUAGAGGAGAGUCAAUUCGAAAUCUGGUAAUAGAAACCAUAAAUGCCAUAUCGAAAGAAAACCUGCUUGACCUGAGAUCUUGUUGGUUUAGAUUGUUUUCCCUAUGUGAAGAAUUCAAGAAACUAAGUGAUGAAUCUUUAUCUUUUGUUGACGUUGAUAGCAAAUUCUUAGUAAGUUUACAUGCAAAUGGAAUUGGAAUAUUCCGAAAAUCUCACUAUUAUGAAGAAUAUCUUCGAGUCGAAAAUUCUAAAGAUAAAUUGGCAAAAAUAUUAAAUCGCUUGUCAUUAAUAUUGUCUACUAAGACUUAUUACAAAAUUUUGCAGAGCAUUAAGGGAAUUCAAAAGUUAACGGUCGAAAGCAGUGCUGAAUUAUAUGAUACUUAUCUCUACAAAAAAAUCACAGAUGAAGAAGUAAAGGCUAUCAUGAACGAAAUGGAAACAAUACCUAACGCGAUGGAUAUUAUGAGCUUGCUUAUCAAUCGUCCUCUAAAAGAAACUGGUCUAGGUCCAUUCAGUAGCCAUGAAGAUGACUUGGAAAUUUUCACGAAGCUUUGUACAAUCACAUCUUUCAAAAAUAUAAAGCAUCAACAUCAAUUCAUUUUGUUGGGCCUUUUCAUUUUGAUCUUAAUAUGUGAGCCAAGUGAUCAAAUUUUGUCAUUAAGUAAUCAAAUCAUCGAAAAAAUUUCAUCAUUUGGAUUGAUUGAAUCGAUAUUUGAUACAGGCUUUGCUCCUUCUUACUCUAAGCAGCCUCCUUGCAACAAGCUUGAAAACUCUUUGUUCUGGACUGGAAUAGUGGACAAGAACGAAGAACUUAAACGACUCAUAAGCGAUCUUAAAAUAAAUGAGGCUUAUGAUUAUUUUAAUAGCUCGAUAAUUUCGAAAGGAGAUAAAUUUGUGGUGGAUGUGAGUCUUGACUUAAUCAAACAUGGCGAAGGAAAGCUUAUUCAGGAAAAGUUUUUUGCUAGGUUACACCAAAACGAAACGAUUGAAAGAUUCUUGAUAGGUCUAGUUUACUUGAUCAAUAAUGAGCCUGCAAAAUUCUUUGAAAUUUUUGAUGAAUACGAGGCCUUUGAUAUGAAUAAUCGUAUCAUUCGAGACAGAGUAUCUGAUCUCCUUGAUUCGGAUAAUAGAAUAAAGGAGUUUUUGGAUACCUUUCUUGCUGACGAGAUAGAUGAGUCUCUAAAGAAGGCAAAUUAUUUUCAUGCAUUGUCUACUUUAUGUAGAUCUCAGGUGAAAUACAAUAGAGUGCAUUCGAAUUCCCUUACUGAUUUCAUCAGCCCAGAAGAAGACACACAGUCCAUUGAAAAAGACUUUAUUCUUCGUGCACUCAAAUUUGAAGAAAAAGCAAUAAAAAGCUUGAGACUGACCAAAAAUUUUGAUGAAAGAGUAGAGAAAAUGGUGGACCAAUAUUAUUUGAAUAUCUUGGACAUGUCAUUAAAUUUGUCUAACUACAAAAUGGUUUACGAUGCUUUAUACAACCUAGAUAUUUCAAAGUUUAAGGGUAACUACGAUUAUUUCAAAUUGUUCACCAAAUUCAUUAGCCAUUUAAUAUCCAAUCAUGCAAUUUCUGAAUUGUUUCAUAAAGAUAAGCGCUUCCUCUAUCAGAAGCACUAUCUGCUAAUCGACUCCAUUUUGCUUGAAUUAGCAAAUGGUGAGUUAACAUUGUCGAAUUCGCUACGUUGUUAUGAGUUCCUUUAUUCUUGGAGGCUUUUUGGAUGUUCAAUUCAGAUGGAUUCAGAGCAUUUGGCCGACAAGAGAGGAGCUGUCGAAGCAUUGUACAUGUUUAUCACUAGGUUCAAGUUUGAAAAAUCUAACCUCUUGACAAACACCACAACUACAGUUGAAGAUAUUAAAGAAUAUAAAUUAAAGAUUUUAGAAUUGUACCUUGUCAUUUUGAAUUGUCUAAAGAGCUUCGAAAAUGAUGAGGAUAAGUGGCUUAUAAAAUCUAUCGAUUCUGAAUCACUCUCAAUAAUGAAGUUAGAUGAUCUAAGCACUGAGUAUUUUGAGUGGCUCAAAGAGUUGGAACUUGAGUUAAAUGGUAGUUUGGAAUAA